GUUGGCUACACGUUGACGCGAAGGUUCACCCUCAUCGCUCUCUCCCUCUACCUCCCGUCCCUCAUUGUUCUCACCAUUGGCUACGGGACGCUCUUCGUCAAGGUCCAGCAGCUUGAGGUUCGCUUGGGGGUCAGCCUCACAACACUACUCGUCCUGUACACCUUCUUCAACCAAACCUCCUCAUCGCUGCCUCAAACCGCCUACGUCAAAAUGGUCGACGCAUGGUUCUUCUUCUGCACCAUCCUGCUCUUCUGCAUCAUCAUGGCACACAUCUACGUGGAGAGGAUGAACACCUCGCCCGUGGAGCCUUUGGGGCAGCGCGGCAAUGGUGCAUGGCAGACAGCAGUGACGCAUAAGAGGCGUCGUAUGUUGCCGGAAACUUUCCUCACGGUGCUCCGGACUUACGUGUGUCCCGCCGUGGUGACACUGUUCUUCAUUGUGUAUGGUUCCAUUAUGUUCGCGUAGCCUCGACAAGUUAAGAACGCUGACCCGGCCGUCGACAAGCCAUCCCAGUCACACCAGUUAUCGUUUUGUGGUGCUCAUAUUUCUCACGGUUUACUUUCAUUGAAUAUUAGCGUAGCAUCACGAACACUGAUUUAUCUCAUUGCCAUCUCAGUGACCAAUUUAUCUAACUGACAAACUCUUCAUCCACCCUUGCAAAGACUUGAUUUACUAUGUACAAAUGACAUUCGACAAUAUUACUCAUUGCUUACUCUCCUAGAGUGUGCAUCACCAAAGUUUUGGCAGAGUUAAUGGUUACUUCGUGGUGAGCUUCAGCUUGUUGAUUGUGUCUUGAAGCUCGCUGGUCAGGGUUAGUACUGUUAACGUCGACAGCGAUGGUGGAGUCGGCGACGUACUACGAACGUACUUACAAUGUCAACUUAUUCCGAUCUACUAAGUGAAGCAUCUAAGUGUAAAAAAAAAAUACCAAGGAGGACCUAGAAAGCGAUGCACAGCGGAACAGGUAAAAAAAAAAAAAAAAACUUUUUAGACAUACUUUAUCUGAAAAUAAUAAGUCGUUGACAUUUGACAUCAUUAUCUCGCGAUAAACAUCAAAAACAUUUUUUUUCAUUUUCGCGAUGCGAGCACUGCAGACCGAUAAACAUCUAUUAACAGAUCUUUUGAUGUAGUAAUCAUCAGCUCAAUAAACAUAAUUAGCUCAGUAAACCAUUUGUUUUUGUUUUUUUACUAAACAAGCAUUAUUAAUUCCUGAUAAAUAAUCUUCUGCUAUCAGUAAACAUUAUUAUCUCACAGUAAAUAUCAACUCUCAGUGAGCAUCAUCAGCUCUCAAUAAACAUUAUGAACUCAUCCUUUCACUCACUCAACGAAGACCAUCAAACAUCAUUAACUCAACAGAACUCCUGUCUUCAUUACUGUUACUUUAUUAUUACAUGCUCCAAAACUACACUUUAUUUUCAAGUACACGGCAGAGCGGUUAAGUUCUAAAGUACAUUUGCAAAGCCUUCCAAUAGUUAUUGGAUUGAAGGUAUCCCAAAUGUUUUACGUAUGUCAUUUCGUGUACUACAGUCACUACACGCAGAGAUGGAUUUAACACGUAAAGCUUCUGAAAAAUAAUUCGUGGACCCAAGAGUUAAUCCGUCAUACAAGAAAUCGUACUGAUCUUUUAUUGCAUCACCUAAUGUGCUUCUGUGGCAUACGAGACGCACUUUUUCAUGAGACCAACAAAAUCACCUUGCGUCCUACAUGGCGAAUGUCAGGUUUGGGCUUGGGAUCUGCGAAGCCCUCUAGUUUACUCAACAAUCAAGCAACUACAGAAUGUAUUGGAGAGUAUUUUCAAGAUUAAAUCCAGUGGUAAUAAUAACCUUCUCCUAGAAUAGUAGCUUACAGCCCUAGUUUGCGGCGGCUUGGAUUUCAGGAGCGCCGGUGUGGCAGAAUGAAAUGUCCGGGCUGUCCGGGCGCCCAACUUAUCGUACUGCAGAGCCACUUGUUCACGGAGCGGUGGGACGAGGAGGUUCAGCAGAGAACUUCAGUGUCUGUCAAAGCGUCGGAGGUGGGGGUAGUAUAAUAAGCGGGCGAUGUUGUUUUAUAGCUAUAUAUACAUUAUCCUAACACUCUAAAAGUUAUGUUAAUGCUAUCAAUACCUCAAUUAUAAUAGCCUAUCUCCGUGUUUGCACUAAUCCCUCAACUAUAAUUAUUUUCUGUU